AUAUUUGAAAGAGAUGGAGAAGUCUGGUGAACCUAGGGUGGGCUUGCAGAAUAAGUAUUUCAAUGGAAGCUAUCAUAUUUCAUGCCAAGAGUUACGGAGGACUUUUAUGCAGUGCCAAGAUCCAGAAGAUGUAUAUAAGUUGGCACUUGUAUAUUUUGUUGAGUAUGUACUCUUAGGUAGAGAUGUGAAGCUGUUGAUUGAUGUUGAUUUCUUGAAUCUGGUUGAUUAUGUUGAUGAGUUCAACAAGUACCCAUGGGGGACUUUGUCCUACAAGAAGACAAUACAGUCCCUAACUAAUUGUCUUGUUGGAAGGUCCGACAAAUUUAAGGCCAAGCAGAAUGAUUUUGAAUGGUACAAUCUAUUGGGCUUUCCUUGGGCUUUCCAACUAUGGGUAUACGAGGUUAUUCCAAGUAUUGCAGCAAGUUUUGCAGACUGUGUUGAUCUGAAUUUGUUGCCUAGAAUGUUGAAAUGGUCAUCAACUAAGGCACCAAAGUCCAAGACUGUCAACGAUAUAUUGGAGGCGGAUGAGGUUACAGUCUUUGAAAUGGUCAACACACACUCAGAAAGUGAGCAAGACUAUACAUUUAAUUGUGAAGGGAAUGUAGGUGUCUUGUUAAAGAAGGCAAAGAAAGCCAAGCAACCCAUUCAGAACCCUGGAGCUAACUCUGAUGUCAGUUCAGUUAAAAAGUCAGAUGAUACAUUUGAGAUGGGAUUGCUUGUGAGUUCGUUGAUCAGGGGAUUGGUCAAUCAUGAUAAGACAAUUGAUCUAAAAACAAUUGAUGCAAAAAAGGAUUGGUUUGAUACAAUCAUCGACCAAAGCAAGUGGCUACUAGACACGCAUCUUGACGUUGCAUUCGAGUUCAUUCGUAAAAGAAUGUCUGAGAAUACUGAUAUUUUCAGACAAAAAUGUGCGAUUAUGGAUACACCUUUUCAUACAUAUCUCAACAUCCGUUACAAAUUGCACGAAGAGAACAAUGAGCCUUCACAUUGGGACCGUGAUGAUCUUCUACUGCAUUUUGUUGACGGAUCUUAGGAAAAUAUGGUCUCUUGGUCCAAUUUGGAUAGGGUUUAUUUCCCAAUUAAUAUAACUGCUGAUCAUUGGGCUGCUGGUGUGAUAGACCUUCAAGAAAAGAGGAUCAUUUGUUAUGAUUCACUUAUCAAGCACACCAGACAGGAGACAUUUAGUAAUGAAAUGAAAUCCAUUGCAACAUUGAUCCCCAAGAUGCUGAAGCGGGCCAACGUCAUCGACGAUGAAUCUCCAUGGACCAUAGAGCGUCAACCUGAAGUUCCUCAACAACAA